AUGUACAGUUUAACUUAUAAAUUUCAUCGGGCAGCUCGUGAUGUUCAAGAUAUCCUCAAGGAAGCGACUCGAAAGGACUGCAAUCAUCCGGAUGAAGACGGACUAACACCGACCCUUUGGGCAGCUUAUUAUGGUCAUCUCGAUGUGCUGAGAUUACUCAUUGGCCGAGGAGGUGAUCCGGAUAAAUGUGAUUUCACCGGUAACACGGCUUUACAUUGGUCAGCAUCAAAUGGACACAUCAAUUGUGUCUCAUUUCUAGUCAAUUUUGGUGUUAAUUUGUGGUCAUUGAAUAAUGAGUUUCACACGGCCAAGGAUUGCGCUGCCGUCCAUUUAAAGUCGGAGAUACUUGAUUUUCUUGAUACAACGAUGGCCAAACAAAGUGCCCUUAAUCCGAAAAUGGUACAGAAGCAGAAAGAAAAAUCGAUAACGGAAGCAGAGAAGAGGAUAAAAGCGUUCGAAAAGAUUGCCAAAAAAGCUUAUAAAAAAGCGGAAAAAGAGGAAAAAUCAAUGGAAAAAUUUCGAAAAAAACUUUUAGAACCAAUAGCGUCUUUACCAUGUACACUUCGACGUGAACCACAUUCAGGUAAUCUUGGAUCAACGUUUUCCUCGACUUCUCAUUUAGCACCAAUAACUCCAACCACCGUCACCACCACCCCAACACCGGCCCCAGGAGUGGCUGUCGUUAACGGAUCCUUAAGUUCAGCACCAAAGUUUUCCGAUAUCGUUAACAACGGAACCAUGAGUAACAAAAACCGUGGAUUCGGUGGUGUCUCUCGAAAAGUUUUACUUCGUAAACAACAAUCCGAUUCAAUAUCAACCGCAUUCAGCGGUGAUUAUAAAUCUCGAAGUGGAUCUGAACCUGGACUCAAAGAUUUAUUAUUAACCAACGGGAAAAAGUCAAUAAGAUCAUUAACCGGGAUCAGGCGAGGUGAAGAUGUACUUUAUGUACGUAAAUACGAUGUAAUUAACAAUAAGAUAAACACCGAAAGGUCAAAUAGCGCUCAUCAUAUUUACGCUUCAAUCCCUUGCAAGGAAACCGAUUCCCUAUCACUUUCAAAUGGUUACCUGGAUUCAGGUAAAUGCAGUGAGAUGAGUAAUCACAGUAUCAAUAGUAAAUCAACCGCAUCUCAUCAGAUCAGUAACAAUAAUCAUAUUAACCAUCAGUAUCAUCACAAUCUUCAUCUUAAUCAGUAUCAUCAAUCUAAUCAGAAUAAUAAUAAUGACCGAUUAUAUGCUCGACCCGCUCUGAGGGAUUUGUUUGGUUCAUCUUAUGACGAUUCAUCGACAAACUAUUACCAUCAGCGGCCGUCAAAUGAUAGGUCAUUUUCACCAAACUAUCAGCAUUUGGGUGGUGGUAAAAUCGGUGGUGGACUUCACCGGACAGUCUCAGAGCCCGAUUUCCUUAGUCACAUGGCUGAUUCUGGAUUAGGGGAUGAAAUGAUCUCAUGUAACAAUGGGCAUUCUCAUCACCACCCUCACCAUCAUCACCACGAAUCAGGUUCAAUAUUUGAAAGGCCAGGAUUUGGUUCUGUUUCAUUUAGACAUUCAAUACUUUCAGCUUCGAGUCUAUUAACACCUUAUACCAAUUCUAAUGGUAAUAAAUCAAUAGAUGAAGUUGAAGAUGAUGAUGAGCUGAUUAAUUCAUCAUCAUCAGGUAAUAUCGAUGGUAAUACAAAUGGAAACGGAAAUGAUAAUCAUUAUCAUUCACUUGAAGCACUAAGAGCUGCACAAAAUGGUACUAAUGAUAAGACAAUCAAUGGAUCAACAGUCGAUGGUAAUAGUAACAACGGAACCGGAAGCGAUUCAAUUGGAAGCGCUGGUUCAUUAGCACAAAGAAAUGCCUCUCUUUCCGUUAUGUCUGGAACCACCAGCGGGUGGGAUGAGGAUGGUAACACCUUAAUCGGUGAUUCCGCUUCCGUGACCUCAGCAAAAAACAACAAAAACAACAACAACAUCAACAUCAUCAACAACAACAACAACAAUAACAACAGCACCAAGCCCAAAUCACGAGCUAGUGAAAUUGAAAACGGUGCUAUUACCAACGGAGGCGGUGGUAUUGUCACCGUGACCAAUUGCAAGGUGGACAAAAGCAAUGGCCCUGAUCCCAUGGUGGUACCAACAACCCCACCGGUGGUUUUAUUUCUCGCCGCCCAGGGGAUGCUUGAAUACACUGAAAUUUUUCAGAAGGAAAAAAUUGAUCUUGAAUCACUUGCGUUGCUCAAUGAAACUGAUCUCAAAUCACUUGGUCUACCUUUGGGUCCACGGCGGAAGUUAAUGUUAGCAAUUGAAAGGCGGAAAGCGACAUUGAAAGAACCUGGAACAAUUAGAGAUACAAUUUUAUAGAAAGACGAACAAUUAACCUUCCAAUCAGUCCCAACAAUCAACUAAUUAACUGUAUUAUCUUGGAAACGGCACCUCAUUCAAACCUCCCAAAGUGCCAACAAUUUACCAAUGGUGUUUACAAUCAACCGUCUUCAUCUUCAAAAACUUUCUACAAUUAAUUGUUGGCUUAAUUAUUUCGCUUAAUUUUCAAUCUAAAUUAAUUAUUUUCAUCAUUUAAAACUUUGAUUUUCUUCAACUUUUUUUCAUUCAAUUGUAAAUCAUUACAAUUUCAACUCUCCCCUUAAUUUAAUUGUCCUCGACUGACAAUUAACUUGUAAACGUUGAUUUAAUUGUAUCAACAAUUAACUUUUUUUUCCUGAUUUUCUUGUAAAUAAACAAAAUGAUAACAUAAAUUUAAUUGUUCACUU